UUUUACUGCUUCUUGUUCAUACUAUUCAUUCACCAAUAGAAGAUUCAAGAACUGCCCGAAUAUAUCAUUUUUCUUUUCUUUUUUUCUGUUAAGUUUCUUCAUACAUGACUUUUGAAUUCUUUAGCAUCCAGCUCGGCUCCGUGAAUCAACACAACACCAUUCUUCUUGAUUAAGCACAAAUUGUGCUUUGCCAGCGUCGACACUGGAACAUUCCUUAUGGCAGCUUCUCAGAUCAAUCCAUGGAAUUUGAUUUCCGGCAUCUUAGGAGUAAUCUGCCUUUCCUUGAUGGCUACUACGGGGGUUUUGCUGAAACAUUUACUUACUAAACAAAGUAUUCAGUCAACAAUGCCAACAAUGUCUCCAGGACUAACCACAGAAAUCCAGAAAGAAGCUGACUGUUGUUCUUGCCAAGAAAAGUGGAUUGGGAACCAAUGCAACUGCUACUUCUUUUCUACUGAAUUAAAAACUUGGGAAGAGAGUCGUGAUUUCUGUGCUUCUCAGAAUUCCAGUCUACUUCAGAUUCAAAACACAGAUGAAUUGCAUUUUAUGAGGUCCAGUACAAGCUUUUACUGGAUUGGGCUCCGUUACAGUGAAAAACAUCGUGCCUGGUUGUGGGAAAACAACUCCAACGUCUCCCAAGAUCUAUUGCCAUUAAUUCAAGAUUUAAAUACAAAGAAAUGCGUAGUAUAUAGCCCAAACCUAAGAGCUUUGGAUGAACCCUGUGGAAGUACAUAUCGUUUUAUAUGUAAGCAACAGCUGAGGCGCCCGGGUGGCUCAGUCGGUUGAGCCUCCGACUUCGGCUCAGGUCAUGAUCUCGCCGUUUGUGAGUUUGAGCCCCGUAUCAGGCUCUGUGCUGACAGCCCAGAGCCUGGAGCCUGCUUCAAAUUCAAAUUCUGGGUCUCCCUCUCUCUCUGCCCCUCCCCUACUCAUUCUCUCUCUCUCUCUCUCUCUCUCUCUCUCUCUCUGUCAAAAAUAAAUAAACAUUAAAAAAUUUUUACAUGUAAGCAACAGCCUAUUUAGGUGUUUCUUGGAGUGGAAAGGGUGGGUAAUGAAGGUUCAGCAGUACUAAGAAUAUGACUUUAUCUUAUAUGGUUGCUAAUUAUCUGCCUUAGGGAUCUGUAAAAUGUUUCAAAUUAUGUCUUAUGACACAAUUUCCAUAUAUUUGAAAUCCUGUGUUUUAACACUGAUGAAAUUCCCUAUGACCCAACAAUUGCACUACUCGGUUCUUGUCCAAGGGAUACAGGUUUCGAAGGGACUGUUUCGAAGGGACACGUGCACCCCAAUGUUUAGAGCAGGGCUGUAGACAAUAGCCCAAGCAUGGAAAGAGCCCAAAUGUCCAUUGACAGGUGAAUGGAUAAAGAAGACGUGGCAUAUAUGCUCAGUGGAGUAUUACUCAGCAGUCAAAAAGAAUGAAAUCUUGCCAUUUGCGACGAUGUGGAUGAAACUAGAAGGUAUUAUGCUAAGCGAAAUUAGUCAGAGAAAGACAAAUAUCAUAUGACUUCAUUCAUAUGAGGAAUUUAAGAUACAAAAUGGAUGAACAUAAGGGAAGGGAAGCAAAAAUAAUAUAAAACAAGGAGGGGGGACAAAACAUAAGAGACUCUUAAAUACAGAGGACAAACAGGCUUGCUGGAGAGAUUGGGUGGGGGAGAUGGGCUAAAUGGGCAAGGGGCAUUACGGAAAACACUUGCUGGGAUGAGCACUGGGUGUUGUAUACAGGGGAUGAAUCACUGGAAUUUACUCCUGAAAUCAUUAUUGCACUAUAUGCUAACUAACUUGGAUGUAAAUUUAUAAAUAAUAAAUAAAUAAAUAAAUAAAUAAUAAAAUUGAUGAAAUUUGUGCACCUAUACCUGAAAUUAUAAAGCAUCAAGGUCUAGAAAAGAAUAUUUUGAUUUAAUGCAUAUGUUCAAUAUUACAUGUAAUAUAUUUUUAUGUGUAUAUUCUGGUAAAUUUUCUCUGUAGAAAUUCAAAUAAAAUAAUUCAUGUCAAAUGAUA